AUGAGCAAACUAGAAGCACAAACCCAAGGAAAAUUCCCAUCUCAGACUGAGAAAAACCCGAAGCUCAAUGCUUGUGCUGUCACCCUCAGAAGUGGUAAAAACUACAAAGGACCAGAUCAGCAAGAAGAUGAGGAAGAAGAGAUCGUGGUUGAGCAAGAAUCUGAGGCAACUGAAGAGGUGCAUAAAAAAGAUGGACCUGCUGAAGCUGAAGUGAAAAUUACCCCUCCUCCUUUUCCCUCAAGACUGAAAAACAUGAAAAAAGAAAAGGAAGAUAAAGAGAUUAUGGAUUUCAUCAGAAAGGUUGAGAUAAAUAUUCCCCUUCUUGAUGCAAUUAAACAACUACCCCGAUAUGCUAAAUUUUUAAAAGAGUUGUGUACUUCAAAAAGAAAAUUAAAAGGAAAUGAAACAGUUAAGUUAGGGAACCUUUCAGUGCCAAGAGCUAUGUUGGACUUAGGAGCUUCUAUAAAUGUUUUACCAUAUUCACUUUUUAAAACUAUCGGGGUAGGGCCCUUAAAAAGAACAGGAGUCAUCAUUCAGUUAGAUGAUUGUUCUCUGGUGCACCCAAAAGGUGUAUUGGAAGACGUUUUGGUUCAAGUGAAUGAACUCAUAUUCCCAGCUGAUUUCUAUGUUUUGGAUAUGGGAGAUGACGACUCACCAAAAUCAAGUUCCAUUCUUUUGGGGAGACCAUUUUUAAAAAAUGCCAGAACCAAAAUAGAUGUUUAUGAUGGUACCCUUUCAAUGAAAUUUGAUGGUGAAGUUAUCAACUUCAAUAUUUAUGAUGUCAUGCGUUACCCUGAUGAUGUUUCAACUCUUAAUUUCAUUGAUGUAAUUGAACCAUUAUCUGCAGAAUAUUUUGAGAUUGCUAACCGUGAGUCACUAGCAUUAGUGCUCCACAGAAAUUUGUCUAUUAAUGUAGCCCAAGUUAUAUCAGAAAAUUAUGUGGUUGAUAUAGAAGUUUAA